GACUUCCUGAGGAUGAUGAAGCAGGAGGAGCUGGCUGAGCGUCUGCAGAGCAAAUAUUUUGCUCCAGUUUGUCAACGUAAACUAAAAUCUGGUCUGAAGAAGAAGUUCCAGUGUGUGUUUGAGGGGAUUGCUAAAGCAGGAAACCCAACCCUUCUGAACCAGAUCUACACAGAGCUCUACAUCACAGAGGGAGGGACUGCAGAGGUCAAUGAUGAACAUGAGGUCAGACAGAUUGAAACAGCAUCCAGGAAACCACACAGACCAGAAACAACCAUCAGACAAGAAGACAUCUUUAAACUCCCACCUGGAAGAGAUGAACCAAUCAGAACAGUGAUGACAAAGGGAGUGGCUGGCAUUGGGAAAACUGUCUUAACACAGAAGUUCACUCUGGACUGGGCUGAAGACAAAGCCAACCAGGACAUCCAGUUCACAUUUCCACUGACUUUCAGAGAGCUGAAUGUGCUGAAAGAGAAAAAGUUCAGCUUGGUGGAACUUGUUCAUCACUUCUUUACUGAAACCAAAGAAGCAGGAAUCUGCAGCUUUGAAGAGUUCCAGGUUGUCUUCAUCUUGGACGGUCUGGAUGAGAGUCGACUUCCUCUGGACUUCCACAACAAUGAGACCCUGACUGAUGUUACAGAGUCCACCUCAGUGGAUGUGCUGCUGACUAACCUCAUCAGGGGGAAACUGCUGCCCUCUGCUCGCCUCUGGAUAACCACACGACCUGCAGCAGCCAAUCAGAUCCCUCCUGACUGUGUUGGCAUGGUGACAGAGGUCAGAGGGUUCACUGACCCACAGAAGGAGGAGUACUUCAGGAAGAGGUUCAGAGAUGAAGAGCAGGCCAGCAAGAUCGUCUUCCACAUGAAGACAUCACGAAGCCUCCACAUCAUGUGCCACAUCCCAGUCUUCUGCUGGAUCACUGCUACAGUUCUGGAGGAUGUGCUGAAAACCAGAGAGGGAGGAGAGCUGCCCAAGACCCUGACUGAGAUGUACAUCCACUUCCUGGUGGUCCAGACCAAAGUCAAGAAGGUCAAGUAUGAUGGAGGAGCUGAGACAGAUCCACACUGGAGUUCAGAGAGCAGGAAGAUGAUUAAGUCUCUGGGAAAACUGGCUUUUGAUCAGCUGCAGAAAGGAAACCUGAUCUUCUAUGAAUCAGACCUGACAGAGUGUGGCAUCGAUAUCACAGCAGCCUCAGUUUACUCAGGAGUGUUCACACAGAUCUUUAAAGAGGAGAGAGGACUGUACCAGGAGAAGGUGUUCAGCUUCGUCCAUCUGAGUGUUCAGGAGUUUCUGGCUGCUCUUCAUGUCCGUCUGACCUUCAUCAAGUCUGGAAUCAACCUGAUGAAAGAACAAAAAGAACUUUCUAGAAAGUCCACAAUCUUAAAGAAAGCAAAUCUAAAACGUCUUCAUCAGAGAGCUGUGGACGAGGCCUUGCAGAGUCCCAGUGGACACCUGGACUUGUUCCUCCGCUUCCUCCUGGGUCUUUCACUGCAGACCAAUCAGAAUCUCCUACAAGGCCUUAUGACACAGACAGGAAGUAGCUUGCAAACCAAUCAGGAUACAGUUCAGUACAUCAAGAACAAGAUCAGUGAGAAUGUGUCUGCAGAGAGAAGCAUCAAUCUGUUCCACUGUCUGAAUGAACUGAAUGAUCGUUCUUUAGAGGAGGAGAUCCAUCAGUCCCUGAAAUCAGGACGUCUCUCCACAGAUAAACUGUCUCCUGCUCAGUGGUCAGCUCUGGUCUUCAUCUUACUGUCAUCAGAAGAAGAUCUGGAGGUGUUUGACCUGCAGAAAUACUCUCCUUCAGAGGAGGUUCUUCUGAGGCUGCUGCCAGUGGUCAAAGCCUCCAACAAAGCUCUGCUGAGUGUGUGUGGUCUCUCAGAGAGAAGCUGUGGACCUCUGUCCUCAGUCCUCAGCUCCCAGUCCUCUAUUCUGACAGAGCUGGACCUGAGUAACAACGACCUGCAGGACUCAGGAGUGAAAAAGCUUUGUGAUGGACUGAAGAGUCCAAACUGCAAACUGGAAACUCUCAGCCUGUCAGGAUGUCUGAUCACAGGGGAAGGCUGUGCUUCUCUGGCCUUAGCUCUGACCUCCAACCCCUCCCAUCUGAGAGAGCUGGACCUGAGAUACAACCAUCCAGGAGACUCAGGAGUGAAGGACUUCCUGAGUAGGAUGAAGCAGGAGGAGCUGGCUGAGCGUCUGCAAAGCAAAUAUUUUGCUCCAGUUUGUCAACGUAAAUUAAAAUCUGAUCUGAAAAAGAAGUUUCAGUUUGUGUUUGAGGGGAUUGCUAAAGCAGGAAACCCAGCACUUCUGAACCAGAUCUACACAGAGCUCUACAUCACAGAGGGAGAGACUGCAGAGGUCAAUGAUGAACAUGAGGUCAGACAGAUUGAAACAGCAUCCAGGAAACCAGACAGACCAGAAACAACCAUCAGACAAGAAGACAUCUUUAAACUCCCACCUGGAAGAGAUGAACCAAUCAGAACAGUGAUGACAAAGGGAGUGGCUGGCAUUGGGAAAACUGUCUUAACAAAGAAGUUCACUCUGGACUGGGCUGAAGACAAAGCCAACCAGGACAUCCAGUUCACAUUUCCACUGACAUUCAGAGAGCUGAAUGUGCUGAAAGAGAAAAAGUUCAGCUUGGUGGAACUUGUUCAUCACUUCUUUACUGAAACCAAAGAAGCAGGAAUCUGCAGCUUUGAAGAGUUCCAGGUUGUCUUCAUCUUGGACGGUCUGGAUGAGAGUCGACUUCCUCUGGACUUCCACAACAAUGAGACCCUGACUGAUGUUACAGAGUCCACCUCAGUGGAUGUGCUGCUGACUAACCUCAUCAGGGGGAAACUGCUUCCCUCUGCUCGCCUCUGGAUAACCACACGACCUGCAGCAGCCAAUCAGAUCCCUCCUGACUGUGUUGGCAUGGUGACAGAGGUCAGAGGGUUCACUGACCCACAGAAGGAGGAGUACUUCAGGAAGAGGUUCAGAGAUGAGGAGCAGGCCAGCAGGAUCAUCUCCCACAUGAAGACAUCACGAAGCCUCCACAUCAUGUGCCACAUCCCAGUCUUCUGCUGGAUCACUGCUACAGUUCUGGAGGAUGUGCUGAAAACCAGAGAGGAAGGAGAGCUGCCCAAGACCCUGACUGAGAUGUACAUCCACUUCCUGGUGGUACAGACAAAAGUCAAGAAGGUCAAGUAUGAAGGAGGAGCUGAGACAGAUCCAACAUGGAGUCCAGAGAGCCAGAAGAUGAUUGAGUCUCUGGGAAAACUGGCUUUUGAUGAGCUGCAGAAAGGAAACCUGAUCUUCUAUGAAUCAGACCUGACAGAGUGUGGCAUCGAUAUCACAGCAGCCUCAGUUUACUCAGGAGUGUUCACACAGAUCUUUAAAGAGGAGAGAGGAUUGUACCAGGAGAAGGUGUUCAGCUUCGUCCAUCUGAGUGUUCAGGAGUUUCUGGCUGCUCUUCAUGUCCAUCUGACCUACUCCAAGUCUGGAAUCAACCUGAUGAAAGAACAAAAAGAACUUUCUAGAAAGUCCACAAUCUUAAAGAAACUUAAUCUGAAACAUCUCCAUCGGAGAGCUGUGGACGAGGCCUUACAGAGUCCAAAUGGACACCUGGACUUGUUCCUCCGCUUCUUCAUGGGUCUUUCACUGCAGACCAAUAUGAAUCUCCUACGAGGCCUGAUUACACAGACACAUUGUUGCACAUACACCAAUCAGAAAACAGUCCAGUACAUCAAGGAGAAGAUCAGUGAGAAUGUGUCUGCAGAGAGAAGCAUCAAUUUGUUCCACUGUCUGAAUGAACUGAAUGAUCGUUCUCUAGUGGAGGAGAUCCAACAGUUCCUGAGAUCAGGACGUCUCUCCACAGAUAAACUGUCUCCUGCUCAGUGGUCAGCUCUGGCCUUCAUCUUACUGUCAUCAGAAGAAGAUCUGGAGGUGUUUGACCUGCAGAAAUACUCUCCUUCAGAGGAGGUUCUUCUGAGGCUGCUGCCAGUGGUCAAAGCCUCCAACAAAGCUCUACUGAACAGCUGUUCCCUCUCAGAUGAAGGAUGUUCAGCUCUGUCCUCAGCUCUCAGCUCUCAGUCCUCCAGACUGAAGGAAGUGGACCUGAGAAUCGAGGAGUCAGGACUGAAGAAGCUGUGUGAUGGACUGCAGAGUCCAAACUGCAAAGUGGAAACUCUCAGACUGAGUGGAUGUACCCUCUCAGAUGAAGGAUGUUCAGCUCUGUCCUCAGUUCUCAGCUCCCAGUCCUCCAGGCUGAUAAAACUGGACCUGACUAUGAAAGACUCAGGACUGAAACAUCUGUCUGUUGGACUGCAGAGUCCAAACUGUAAACUUGAAACUCUCAGACUGAGCAGCUGCACCCUCUCAGAUGAAGGGUGUGAUGUUCUGUCAUCAGUUCUGAGCUCCCAGUCCUCCAGGCUGACAAAACUAGACCUGGUCAUAGCUGAAUCAGGAGUGAAGCAGCUGUCUGUUGGACUGCAGAGUCCAAACUGUAAAGUGGAAACUCUCAGACUGAGCAGCUGUACCCUCUCAGAUGAAGGGUGUGAUGCGCUGUCUUUAGUUCUGAGCUCUCAGUCCUCCAGGCUGACAAAACUAGACCUUCGUAUUGAUGGAUCAGGAGUGAAGCAGCUGUCUGUUGGACUGCAGAGUCCAAACUGUAAAGUGGAAACUCUCAGGCUGAGUGUAUGUGGUCUCUCAGAGAGAAGCUGUGAACCUCUGUCCUCAGUUCUCAGCUCACCGUCCUCCAGACUGACAGAACUGGACCUGAGUAACAACAACCUGCGUGACUCAGGACUAAAGAAGCUGUGUGAUGGAAUGAAGAGUCCAAAUUGCAAACUGGAAACUCUCAGACAUGACUCUAGCUUGGUCUCAGUAGCAGGUCAUGGGUCUUGCAAUAGGACAAUGACCCAAAACAGAGCUAAAAACAUCCAAGAAUGGCUAAGAGGAAAACACUGGACUAUUCUAAAGUGGCCUUCUAUUAGCCCUGACCUAAAUUCUAUUGAGCAUCUCUGGAAGGAGCUGAAACAUGCAGUCUGGAAAAGGCUGAGUGUGUGUGGUCUCUCAGAGACCAGCUGUGAACCUCUGUCCUCAGUUCUCAGCUCCCAGUCCUCCAGUCUGACAGAGCUGGACCUGAGUAACAACGACCUGCAGGACGUAGGAGUAACGAAGUUGUGUGAUGGACUGAAGAGUCCAAACUGCAACCUGGAAACAAUCAGCCUGUCAGGAUGUCUGAUCACAGAGGAAGGCUGUGCUUCUCUGGCCUCAGCUCUGACCUCCAACCCCUCCCAUCUGAGAGAGCUGGAUCUGAGAUACAACCACCCAGGAGACUCAGGAGUGAAGCUGCUGAUGGCUGCACUGAAGGAUCCACACAGACUCAGCGUGGAGCCUGCUGGAAAACCUUGGUUGAGACAAGGAGGUCUGAGGAAGUAUUCCUGUCCACUCACCAUUAACAUGAUCACAGUGCACAGAAAACUCAAAAUGUCUGACAACAACAGGAAGGUGACAUGUGUGGAAGAGUUUCAGUCAUAUCCUGAUCAUCCAGAAAGAUUUGAAUAUAUCUUGUAUCCUCAACUGCUGUGUGAAGAUGUUCUGAACGGUCGCUGCUACUGGGAAGUUGAGUGGAGAGGGGACGUUUCUAUAUCAGUGAGUUACAGAGAAAUCAGAAGGAAAGAAAAUAGCAGAGAAAGUUGCUUUGGAAGGAAUGAUCAGUCCUGGAGUCUGAACUGCUCUGAUAAAGAAGGUUUCUCUGUCUGGCACAAUGACAGAACAAUCUCCAUCUCUCCCUUCUCUUCCUCUGUCUCUAACAGAGUAGCAGUGUAUGUGGACUGUCCUGCUGGCUCUCUGUCCUUCUACAGAGUCUCCUCUGACUCACUGAUCCACCUCCAAACCUUCAUCACCACAUUCACUCAUCCUCUCUAUGCUGGAUUUGGGUUCUGGUUCAGGUCUGGUUCCUGGGUGUCUCUGUGUAAAGUCUAAAGAGUGUAAUGGUAGCAGAGAGGUUCUGACUGGUGAACAGAUAGUUCAGUCUGUACAUAUCUGUCUCUUUCACUCAGAAAGAUCUUUUCAGAUUCAUGGAUUCAAUCAGUUUCUGUGUGAAACUCUUCUAAAUGUUUCCUUGGAAACUUCUUCCUCUUCCAGUCCUUUAAAGAUAGAAGCUGUGCUUCUUCCAGGAUCCACAUGUUGUUUCCAGUCAAAGCUUCACACUGAAUAUCAGGAUGUUGUGUUCACUUCAUGUCAGCUACAGUUAGUUUCACUUCAUGAUGCUGGAUAUGAAAAUCCUUCGCCUAUGUUGAAUUAAAGAUUCAAUUUCAUAUCAGAAACUAUAUAUUUAGCUUAAUUUUUCAUCACAAUAUAUAUAUCAUUUCUAUGAUUAUUAUCUAAGUUUUAUCUCAUUCUAGUAAGUUACUGGAAUCCUAGAAGUUUUAAUGUUUUCCAUCAUGUUUCAUUUAAUAAAUCAUUUAAAUUUAAUUUCCUUUAGGAUUUUUUCUUUCUGUUGUGACUCAUCUUGAAUCUUUUUUCUUGAUAAUGAUGAUGAAAGCUUCAGUGAACCAGUAGAUGAGAGAGAUUCUGCAUUUUCUCCCCCAGACAUCAACAAGAAAAUAAAACUAACAGAAGCAUAACUUCAGGAUGUUGUGUUCACUUCAUGUCAGCUGUGUUACUUUGAAAAUGAAAAUCCUCCCAGUAUUUCACUUUUAAUUUGUUUGCUUCACUUUCAAAUGUUGAAAUAAAGAUUCAUUUUCCCA